CGGAGCUCCCCCUUGGCGGAUUACUUAAAAUGGCGGCACGGGGCGGGGCCCUCGGGCGCGGGGCACGCUGGGGCCGGCGCGCGGGCUGCCGGGAACGGGGCGGAGCGCGGCCGCGCCGGCGCGUCGAGGGGGAGAGGCAGCCGCCGCGAUGGACGUGUUCCUCAUGAUCCGGCGCCACAAGACCACCAUCUUCACGGACGCCAAGGAGUCGAGCACCGUGUUCGAGCUGAAGCGCAUCGUCGAGGGUAUCCUCAAGCGGCCGCCGGAUGAGCAGCGGCUGUACAAGGACGACCAGCUUCUGGAUGACGGCAAGACGUUGGGCGAGUGUGGCUUCACCAGCCAGACAGCACGGCCUCAGGCCCCCGCCACUGUGGGGCUAGCCUUCAGGGCAGAUGAGGCAUUCGAGGCCCUGCGCAUCGAGCCCUUCUCUAGCCCACCUGAGCUGCCGGAUGUGAUGAAGCCACAGGACUCAGGAAGCAGUGCCAAUGAACAGGCUGUGCAGUGAGAGGCCUCCCCCAACUGUCCCCUCAAUAAAAGAUUUGGGUGUCCA